CAGCUAACGUUUCACUUUCACGAGCGACUGGCAAUGACCCUGAAGCAAUGACAGGAUACAUAAGCAGCUUCAGCAGGCCAAGGCAACUGAUGCGAGGUCGGUACGUGAUUUUGGGAGUGGCUCCAUGAUGGGCAAAAGCAAACGAUGCGUAGAGAACCCUUUCAGCGGCUGAAAUAUACUUGAUGGACUAAAUUACUUGGUUCGGCAUUUAACAUUGUAAAACUUUUCAAAAUCUAGAUAUAAAUCUUCUAUCUUAAAUUCACACGUUACGAGAGAGAAAAAAAGAUUUCAUCGGUGUCCAUGGUCUGUUUCUAUAUUGCAACCUAUACCAUGCAAUUUAUUUGUAUAUAAAUUAUGAUUAUCAAAAUAUAUUUCAAUUGCAAGGAUCUCUAAAUGGCACUCAAAAGCAAAAGGCCUUCCAACCAAGACAAGGACUCAGUGCUAGAUUGGUGGACACCAAGCAAACUCUGACGAACAUGUCCGACGCCAGUCUUGCAGCAUGACUAGGACUCUCCGGAUCAGUCGUCGCAAUGGCAAGUGGUGCCUAGCCCCAUCCACAAUAUAAGCACCAUGCAAUGAUAAUGAAUACAAACUAUAUUCAUAUGUUAUUGAAUGAAUACAGAUUUAGUCUAAAACGAAUUAUAUUUUAGAAAGGAUUAUACAAACUAACUGCUAUCAGCUGGGCCUAAGGAUGCCCCCGUCUUUUAUAUACAACCUGUUGCAGUUGACCAAGCUUGACCAUGGGUUAGUAGACAAAAAAUAGAAAGAGGUACAACACUAGGUAGAGCCUCAGUGCUAGAUUGGUGGUCGCCAACCAAACUCUGACUGGCAAAGAUAUCCAACGCCAGUCUUGCUCUUGCAGCAUGACUAAAACAGGAAAAAGCCUGACAUUCCCUCUUCGGGUCAGUCGUCGCAAUGGCAACUCCAUCCGAUCCAGAAUAUAAUAAGCACCAUGCAUUGUCUGCAAAGAAACAUAUAAUCAGCAUCACUAUGAUGAUGCUCAUCUUCCACAUGCUCGCCUUCUCCCUAAUUUGCCUCGCCAAAAACGCAGCCCAUGGAGAUGCAUCAGCACACGCCCUCCACUCCUCCGACGAGCUCGCGCUCAUGUCGUUCAAGUCCCUCGUGGGGAGCGACCAUACGAGAGCCCUAGCCUCGUGGGGCAACAUGUCCAUUCCCAUGUGCCGGUGGCGCGGCGUGGCGUGCGGCUUGAGGGGACAUCGCCGGGGCCAUGUGGUGGCACUGGACCUCCCCGAGCUCAACUUGCUUGGCACCAUCACCCCCGCGCUAGGAAACCUCACUUACCUGAGGCGGCUCGACCUUUCAUCUAAUGGCUUCCAUGGAAUCCUGCCUCCGGAGCUCGGUAACAUCCAUGACCUAGAGACUCUACAGCUUCACCACAACUCCAUAUCUGGCCAGAUCCCACCGUCGCUUUCAAACUGUAGCCACCUGAUAGAGAUCAUGCUCGACGACAACAGUUUGCAUGGGGGAGUACCCAGCGAGAUAGGCUCCCUGCAAUACCUGCAGCUACUCAGUCUCGGGGGAAAAAGACUGACGGGGAGAAUCCCUUCCACUAUAGCAGGCCUUGUAAAUCUGAAGGAACUAGUCCUGCGAUUUAACAGCAUGACCGGAGAAAUCCCAAGAGAGAUAGGCAGCCUUGCCAACCUCAACUUGCUGGACCUAGGUGCAAAUCACUUCUCAGGGACGAUCCCCAGCUCACUAGGAAACCUGUCAGCGUUGACGGUUCUUUACGCCUUCCAAAACAGUUUUCAAGGAAGCAUUCUACCACUGCAACGCCUCUCGUCGCUUAGUGUGCUUGAAUUCGGGGCAAACAAACUCCAAGGGACCAUCCCUUCUUGGUUAGGCAACCUCUCUUCAUUAGUACUCCUAGAUCUCGAAGAAAAUGCUCUAGUUGGUCAGAUCCCAGAAUCGUUAGGAAACCUUGAGCUGCUACAAUACCUUUCUGUGCCAGGAAAUAAUCUCUCAGGUUCCAUACCCAGUUCGCUUGGCAACCUCUACUCCCUCACUCUACUCGAAAUGUCGUACAAUGAACUAGAAGGCCCCUUGCCCCCUCUAUUGUUCAACAAUCUUUCCUCUCUCUGGGGUCUGGAUAUAGAAUACAACAACCUGAAUGGGACUCUUCCACCUAACAUUGGAAGCAGCCUUCCGAAUCUGAACUAUUUCCAUGUGUCAGACAAUGAACUCCAAGGCGUGCUCCCGCGGUCCCUUUGCAACGCCUCCAUGCUUCAGUCUAUUAUGACAGUAGAAAACUUCCUGUCGGGGACAAUUCCAGGAUGCUUAGGAGCUCAGCAGACGAGCCUGUCUGAAGUGUCAAUCGCAGCAAACCAGUUUGAAGCAACAAAUGACGCUGAUUGGAGCUUCGUGGCUAGUCUGACCAACUGUAGCAACUUGACCGUGUUAGAUGUCAGUUCAAAUAAUCUCCAUGGCGUGCUGCCAAAUUCGAUCGGUAACCUCUCGACACAGAUGGCGUAUCUCAGCACCGCAUACAACAAUAUAACUGGAACAAUAACAGAAGGGAUCGGUAAUCUCAUCAACCUGCAAGCACUUUACAUGCCUCACAACAUUCUCAUAGGCUCGAUUCCAGCAUCUCUCGGCAACCUGAAUAAGCUGUCUCAAUUAUAUCUGUACAAUAAUGCUUUGUGUGGACCCUUGCCAGUGACUCUAGGCAAUCUUACACAGCUUACUAGACUUCUCCUCGGUACAAAUGGUAUCAGUGGACCUAUACCAUCUAGUCUCAGCCAUUGCCCUUUAGAAACAUUGGAUCUUUCUCACAACAAUCUUUCUGGCCCGGCACCUAAAGAACUCUUUUCCAUAUCAACCUUGUCGAGUUUCGUUAACAUUUCACACAAUUCCUUAUCUGGGUCUUUGCCAUCACAAGUUGGAAGCCUAGAAAAUCUGGACGGGCUUGAUUUAUCUUAUAACAUGAUAUCUGGUGAGAUUCCACCCUCCAUCGGUGGGUGUCAAAGCCUAGAAUUUCUCAAUUUGUCAGGAAACAACCUUCAGGCCACGAUUCCACCGUCGCUAGGAAAUCUGAAGGGCAUCGCACGGCUUGAUCUUUCUCACAAUAAUUUGUCGGGGACUAUUCCUGAGACCCUUGCCGGACUAAAUGGCCUUUCUGUAUUGAAUCUGGCAUUCAAUAAACUCCAAGGUGGAGUUCCAAGUGAUGGGGUGUUUCUCAAUGUAGCAGUGAUCUUAAUCACCGGGAAUGAUGGUCUUUGUGGUGGGAUUCCUCAACUGGGAUUGCCACCUUGCCCCACACAGACCACCAAGAAACCACAUCAUCGAAAACUUGUCAUAAUGACAGUCUCCAUAUGCAGUGCACUUGCCUGUGUCACACUAGUAUUUGCAUUGCUUGCACUUCAACAAAGGAGCCGCCACAGGACAAAAUCACACCUACAAAAGUCGGGCUUGAGCGAGCAAUAUGUGAGGGUUUCAUAUGCCGAAUUGGUCAAUGCGACAAAUGGUUUUGCACCCGAGAAUCUGGUAGGAGCUGGGAGCUUUGGAUCAGUUUACAAAGCAACAAUGAGAAGCAACGACCAGCAAAUAGUGGUCGCUGUUAAGGUUCUCAACCUAAUGCAGCGUGGUGCAUCUCAAAGUUUUGUUGCAGAAUGCGAGACAUUAAGAUGUGCUCGGCAUCGGAACCUUGUAAAGAUAUUGACUAUCUGUUCAAGCAUUGAUUUUCAGGGCCAUGACUUCAAGGCCCUCGUGUAUGAGUUUCUACCAAAUGGAAAUUUGGACCAAUGGCUGCACAGACAUAUCACUGAAGACGAUGAACAGAAGACACUGGAUCUGAAUGCAAGAUUAAAUGUUGGAAUUGACGUGGCAUCCUCACUUGAUUACCUCCACCAACAUAAGCCAACGCCAAUAAUCCACUGUGAUCUUAAGCCAAGUAAUGUUCUCCUGGACAGUUCCAUGGUUGCUCGAGUGGGUGAUUUUGGGCUUGCAAGGUUUCUACAUCAAGAUGUAGGCACAUCAAGUGGAUGGGCAUCAAUGAGAGGAUCCAUUGGAUAUGCAGCUCCAGAGUAUGGACUGGGCAAUGAAGUAUCCACCCACGGUGAUGUCUACAGCUAUGGCAUACUAUUGCUAGAAAUGUUUACUGGGAAAAGGCCAACCGACAACGAAUUUGGUGGAGCCAUGGGGCUCCGCAACUAUGUUCUAAUGGCACUAUCAGGCAGAGUGAGUACUAUCAUGGACCAACAACUACGAGUGGAGACAGAAGUUGGCGAACCAGCCACUACAAACUCCAAGCUGAGAAUGUUGUGCAUCACUUCGAUUCUGCAAGUUGGAAUUUCCUGUUCGGAGGAGAUACCCACAGAUCGCAUGUCAAUUGGAGAUGCCCUGAAAGAGUUGCAAGGAAUUAGAGACAAGUUUAAGAAGCUCCUCUGUAGUGAGGAAGAAUCAUCAUCCCACUGAAGGGUUCUCCUGCUGCAGCCAUUAGGUGAUUUGUGCAUUAAAGCGUGAGACCGAUUUUUUUGAUUGCAUGAUAUAUUUUACUAGUAUUUUCAGGAAGCACCAAUGUUCUUCCAAAUAAAGUUGUAGCCCUUUGUAUCUUCUUAAUGUACUGUUCUUGGCGUCAAUAAAAAAUUUGCUUCACUUUCAAAAAAAAACUGUCCCUUCGUAACAGAUAGCUUGAACUCCAUCAGUUUACGAGUUAAUCAUGGUCUUCAACUGUUACAAAACUUGGAAUUGCUUAGAACACCAAUAAGGGCCUGUUUGGUUACUUUAGUCUAGGGAUUAAAGUUUAGUCCAUAUCCUGUUUGAUUUGAGGGACUAAAAGUAUCCAUAACACAUUAAAUGACUCGUAAGAAGACCAAAAUG